AUGUCAAAAACCCCGCCAGACAGUGCUUCACACCGUAGGUUAUCCACAUCGUGCAGGCACGGUGGCGGAUCUGGUGCUUCGAGGACCCGACCUGCCCAGGGCAAGGGUGCGUCGAGGAUUCCGGCUGCCGGUACUGCGAUGCCUCGGCGAUCGGCGGGCCAUCGUACGAUGGUGAGGCGUGCCCUUCGCCAGCGCCGUCUUCGGGCUGCACUGCGGACGCGAAGCCUUGCGCAGCACCGCAUGCCAACUCGGCUAUCUGGUGCUUCGAGGACCCGACCUGCCCAGGGCAAGGGUGCGUCGAGGACUCGGGAUUCCGGCUGCCGGUACUGCGAUGCCUCGGCGAUCGGCGGGCCAUCGUACGAUGGUGAGGCGUGCCCUUCGCCAGCGCCGUCUUCGGGCUGCACUGCGGACGCGAAGCCUUGCGCAGCACCGCAUGCCAACUCGGCUAUCUGGUGCUUCGAGGACCCGACCUGCCCAGGGCAAGGGUGCGUCGAGGACUCGGGCUGCCGGUACUGCGAUGCCUCGGCGAUCGGCGGGCCAUCAUACGAUGGUGAGGCGUGCCCAUCUAUCCAGUCUUUCGGUGCCGCACUGGCCGCCGACGAGGGCUGCGACGGGAUGACCUACACGAGAAACUACGCCGAGGGCACACCGCACGAGUGCAGGUGCGACAGCUACUGCGACGACUUCUGCGACGAUGGGCCGAAUGGCUGCGCCAGGACGUGCAGGAUCUUGAACGGAGUUUUCGAGCACAUCCCGUCCGUACAUGCAGGCGACCGUACUUGCACCUGGUACGCGCACUACGUGACCAACCCGAUUAACUACGAGGGCUACGAUUGCUCGUGGAUGACUGGCACUGGCGAGGGCGGCCAUGGAGACGAUUGUCAAGAUUGGACGUCCGUUGGCGCCUUGAAGUGCCGGGAGGGAAACCAGAACCAGAACAACUGCCACUUCUAA